GGACAGGUAGCCCGAAAAUGUAAGCCGAUAGGAAAGAGUUUUAAUACAAAUUUUGUAAUAUUAGGAAAAUUAGAUGGCUAUGGUCAAAAGGAAAUAUACUACAUGUAAUGAAGAGGAUGUAUGUAGACCGUUCAGUUAUUGAAUAGGAGUAUUUUGAUCCAAGGAAAUAAUAAAAAGGCUUUUAGGAUGCCAGUUGCAUCUCUUAUUCAUGCGUCACUGUACGAUGCACUGGAGGUGAAAGGAAAUGGUGUAACAGAGGAAGAACUAUGGGCUCUACUGUGCCAUAGCAGUGAGGCCAUGCAGGAUAUAUUUUUGAGAGGUCAAGCCAUUGCUGAUAAUGGCCCUUCAUUCAUCAUCAGUCCUCAUACCUUGUUACUGCAACCAACUGGUCAGGUUCGGUUUGCUGAGAGUGUCAACACAUCACAGUAUGACGUUAGCGGAUACUUACCUCCAGAGAUCCUAGCCCACAGUGUCAGCUUCUCUGAAGUGGCUAUUGAAAAGAUGUAUGUGUACUCUCUUGGUAUGACAAUAUUCUGGGCAGCUGAAUUUGGUAAAACGCCCUCAAGAGACAGUAAUAAAUUGACUCGUUCCCUUCAUUCCCUCCUGCUCUCCAUGGUCGAGGAGAAUCCGGCAAGGAGGUCAGGAUUGAUCCAUGUGUUAGAGGCUUGUACACUGCACACUCAACAGUUUCCAAUCAAGGUACCCUACACACAUCACCUCAUUCGACUUGCUAAGAUGGUGCUCGGCAACAUCCAAGAUUUAAGCAGUCCUUUGUCUGAUUAUGAUACACAUGAUGGUGAAAAUACCAGUAGAGAGAUAUCAGUUCCAGCAGGGCGCCCUCUCUCAUUAUCAGGUUAUAAUGGUACUUCUAAGCAUCAGAUCCAGAAUUCCAAUGCUUUUGAUCCGCUAUCAAUGAAACGUCCCCAAUCACGUCCUAGCUACCACUCAGAACAUUCUAAACAUGAUGCACGAACCAAGAGUAUGCCACUUCAAAACCGCCAGUUCAGUCGCUAUGUCAAUGAUAGUACAACAACAAUUGAUUCUUACGACUCGCACGAGGAUCACAAACAUUCUAAAUAUUCCAAAAGUAAAAAUUCCUUUAAAAGUUACGAUGAAACCGGUGCUCAAUCGUAUCACAUGUCCGAUAUUUUCACUCCGAGCGCUUCCCAGUUGCCAUCUCGGAAUCGUUUUCGUGACAGGUCACCUACCGUGAGUCGAUCACGGGAAAGGUCUCAGAGAUUAUCUCAGUCCCCACCUUCACGGGCCAACAGCAGGUAUUCCAGGGCAAGUCAGGCGUAUGAAAGAUUAAGAGAGAGGCGAGAACGUCUGAGUGUUUUAAGAGGUGGUAUGGGGAUGCCCCCAGAUUUGAUUCAGUCAUCAUCAAGUUAUCAAAGUGGUGAUUCAUCGGGAAGCGAUUUUGAAGAUGGAAGAAAUUAUAAGAAAACAAGAACAAAAAGAUAUAAAUCAUUUCAGUCUAUUGCAUCUGGACACUCUACACAAGAAGGGAGCUAUCAUCCAGACCAGUUCCCAUAUUACCCAUCAAACACCACUCUGCAUACAGAUGGUAACUUUGGUGAUCAAAACCUUCCUGAUUACAGCGACAAUCUCAAUGUAAAUGGCCAGCCUGGAAAAUUGUCGGUACCCACUCCGACUCCGGAUGUUAUCCGUAGAAGAAACGGAGAGGUGGGCAAUCAGAGACAGAAACAUCCCAGGAGAAAACUAAAGAAAUUUUUUGGCCCAGAAUUUGCCGUUGCUCAUGAAGAAGCUAAUGUUUCGUUGUCAGCAGAUCCUUCUAUGUUGAGUCGUUCCGGGAAGCUUCCACCGAGUCGUAAGAAGGUGACAUGUGUGUUACUGAAUGGACGGCGAUUAAAUCUGAUGUGUGAUUUAGGAACCACAGGAAAGGAGAUGUUUGAACUGGUUGUUAAAUAUCUAGAUAUUCUUGAACAUUUCUUCUUCGGUCUUGCUUACAUCCGUGAUGGAGAGUACUUAUUCUUGGAACCAGAUGAGAAACUGCAUAAAGUUGGUCCUCCAUCAUGGAAAGAAGAAGUGAAGAAAAAGAGUCGAAUAUCAAACCAGUCAUUUACUGUGUUUUUCCGAGUGAAAUUCUAUGUUGAAAAUCCAGGUCUUCUCAGGCACAUAACCACAAGGCAUCAGUACUAUCUUCAGUUGCGGAAGGAUAUCUUAGAGGAAAGAACUAAGUGUGAUGAGCAGGCAGCCUUGCAACUUGCAUCUCUAGCUUUGCAAGCUGAGAUGGGAGAUUACGCAUCAUCCUCAGCAACCCGGAAUUACUUCCUGCCAGAGCAGUAUUUGCCAGUUUACGUGAUCUCUGCAAUCGGAGUGGCAGAGAUCAGGAGGAGACUACCUCCCAUGCAUGAACUUCAGAAGGGAAUGGCUGAGGAACAAGCAGAGCUAGAAUUUCUGAUGGAAGCAAGAAAGCUAGCGGAGUAUGGAAUCCACUUUCAUCGUAUUUCACAAAGCAAAAAGGAGAACGAGUUAUCGCUGUGGGUAGGGUUAUGUACAAGGGGAGUUAUUUUAUAUGACAAGCGAGGAAAACAACGUGUCCCAACACAGAGACACCCCUGGCAUCUUACCAAAAAAAUUGCAUUCAAUCGGAAACGAUUUGUCAUUGAAGCACGAGAUACUGACGGUAGGAUUAUACUUUACACUGAUAAUUAUAAGAAAGGGCGGUAUUUACUACAGUUCAGUAAGCAGCAGCACAGGUUUCAAAUGGCAAUGAGGCAGAAACUAAACACAUCACAACAGUUCAAUAAAGAAUAUCCAUUAGAUUCGGAUUCCUUUGGUGGAUCAAUCUCUCAGUCCAUUUCCAUUGGUUACAACUUUCAUGACCACGAGGACAGUUUUGAUGAUGGAUUUGAGGACUCUCUUCGAGACAGUUACCAGCCUCAGACAUCAAUACCCAAUAAUGGUGCGAAAAGUGGCUUCCGACUUAACAACUACGACAAUUCUCAUGAACAAGAUUCCAUUCUUGAAUACAGUCUCACAGGAGAUGCUCAGUAUGAGAAUGUGCGUGAAGUGCGUGGUAGACCAUCUUCCAAAAGAACGCAGAGUUUUGAGGAAAUUGAUGGGAAGAUUGUUGAUGAUUAUGACAUGGAAGCGGAAGACCCAGCUUACGCUACAAUAGAUAGUAUUAGACGCAAGCGGGAAAAGCAAAAUGAACAAAGAGACAGGUCACUUGAUCGUAAAACAGAUCCACAAGCAAAAGUUAUUGAUUCCAGUAUUAGGUCACAGCCUCAGACACCAUUUACUCCAGGAUUGAAUCCAAAUGAGACUAUUAGUAACUCCUUGCGGCAGCGUUUGGAUGAGCUCCCUGUACCAGAGACGCCGGAACGAGAAAUUAUUACCGUCAAAAUACAGAAAGAUCCAGAACUUGGAAUUGGUGUAACAAUUGUUGGCGGUGAGAAUUCGCGAAACCUUGACCUUGGUGUUUUCAUCAAAAGUGUCACUCCAGACGGCCCAGCAGAGCGGAAUGGACGCAUCAAGCCUGGUGACCGUAUCAUCUCAAUUAAUAAUCGUAGCCUUGAGGGCGUCAGCCACAAAGGGGCGGUUGAGAUGAUUCAGACGUCAAAGAAUGUGGUGAAGAUGAUACUUUCACAGCCGAAAACUCCUGAUCCAGAUUUCAUGCAUGCCAUUGAAUCAUCCAAUGAUCAUUUCAAAGAAUCGCCAUAUGCUACUGUUGACAAUCAUAAACCGCUUGCCAUUGAUAACACCAGGCAGACUAACACGCAACCGCUCGUAGACUUGCACGAUACUAAGCAAUUGCCUCCUGUUAAACCAAAACGACGACCAGAAAGCUUUGGAUCACAGUACAACCUAGGUGUGUCCGACCAACCUCCCGGGCCAUUGACAAACGGUAACUUAUUGACGGUACCGAAUGUCAAUGAGUCGAACACAAAUGGUUUAAAUCAUACAGAUGGUAUCAACAGUGAGGAUGACUCGCAGAAUGAUAUUGAUUUUGGAAGCGAUGAGGAAGAUGAGUUCCGCAGCGAUCGGGACAAUGUCACCACACCUGAGCAUACUGACUUUGAGGAUAUGAUCCCGGAUAAAACACCUGGUAGUCGAAAACCUUUAGUACUCCAAUCUGCAGAGAAAGAGCUCAGUAGAGAAGAACCAGUUGACAGCCAGAGGACACCAACAAGUACUGCUGUGGCUGUUGAUUCAGAAACCAGUGACGAUCUUCUGCCAGAAGAUCUCAAUCCAGGUGAUAGGUUUGCCGUCAGGCUAAAGAAGAUAAACAACAGUCUUGGAAUCAGUGUAACUGGUGGCAUUAACACUAGUGUGAAGCAUGGUGGUAUAUACAUCAAGACCAUUACAAAGGGAGGGGCUGCAGACCAGACUGGGCAGAUUCAAGUUGGUGAUCGAGUGAUUAGUGUGAAUGAUGAUCCAUUGACCAGUGUUACUCAUAAGCAGGCUGUGGAAGCCUUGCGCAAAGCCCCAGCUGUUACCAGCCUGGUAAUUGAACGAGGUGUCCCACCUUCUGGUGCCACUGCCCUUCCUCCGACACCUACACUUCCUCAAAUGGCCGACGAGACGUCUGUGGCAAAAGGUCUUGAAGAAGCUGCUGCCACUUCUGGUUCAUAUCAUCAAACUGAUGAUGACGAUGGUGAUGGUAGAAACCCUCACCAGUCAUCUGGUGUCACAUCACCGAUGUCUGACAAUGCAAAUCAGUCUACUACCAAAGUUCCAAACAACUCUGUAGUUGUGUCGCCGCAGAUUGCAUUAUCUCAUGAUGAGAUGUCAUCACCUGCAUUUAGCGACAGUGAGGACAUCCAGAUGGUGCUACCUUCUGACUAUGGCACAAGAGAUUCAACACCAUUUGGUCUUCCAGCAAGAGAUGUUGGUGAUGAUGAAGACUCUGAAUCACACAUCUCUACAGAAACACCCACGAUAGAAGAUUUUGGAGAUGCUCUAUCUUUGAACUCUAAUGUGCCAGAUUUGUCACACGAUCAAAGUUACAAUUCAAAAGAAGAUGUUAAUAAGGCAGAAAGUGAAGAAGACCUGUCCAUGGAUGAUGAUAAUGACGAGGAGACGUAUAUCCGUCGUCAAGUUGUAUCACCAGCACUUAGCACCCAAGAGGCUGACUUACUGGAGCGUAUAAGUUCACCAUCUCAAAACAAUGUCAUUCCGUCCACAGUCCAUCCAAAUCCAUCCCUGGAAACCACCCCUCGCAGCCCAGCGCCGGAGCUGGUGUUCACAUCCCCACCAUCAAGUCCAGUGGAUAGUGAGUGGUCCAAUACACCCCCAUCAUCAGUAAUGGAAGAGCCCUCGUUGCUGGUAGAUAACUCGGUCUUUUCACCAUCAUCAACUCUCAGCAGAACCGGUAACUUCUCAUUCAACGACAUGUCAUUGACCGGAACCAUGAGGUCAGUUAUUGGUCAAGGAGUGACCAUAGAUCUUCCAGAUCUGCCAUAUGUAACACCAGACAACACAUUUGAGGUGGAGCUGUUGAAGGGAUCUCAGGGUCUAGGCUUCAGUAUCCAAGGGGGUAAAGAUGCUCAUGAGGAUCCCAUAAUCCAGUUGAUUCGAAUCAAAAGGAUCUUCGCAGGUCAACCAGCAGCGGAGAGUGACAUGAUUGAAGUAAAUGAUGUCAUACUAAAGGUCAACCAGGCAGUGGUUCAUGGCCUUACACAUGCAGAAACUGUUGGUGUUUUACGCAGUGCUUCAAACCCAGUUAGCUUACUAUUGUGUCGUCCAAACGAGGAAGAACUUGAUAAUAUUCGAUUGAAGGCUGAGCAGGCUGAAAUGGAAGCUAAUCUGUCAAUAUCUCCUAGGCCAGUAACCCCUUCCCAGAACCCAAGUCCCGCAGACAAUACCAGCCUAUUUAGCUCCCCUUCACCAACUAAACUCAAUGGUGAUGAUAAUGAUGAUGAGUCCAGAAUACCCACUCCACCAUCAACAUCACCACCAAAAUCUCCAUUAGAAGAUCAGAAAAAAAGUGACAACAAUGAAAUCUUUGAGGUUAACUUAGUGAAACCAGCAAGAGGUGGGCUUGGCUUCACUGUGUCUGGAGGCGCCAAGACUGGAGGGUGCUACAUCAAGGGUGUGGUGGACGACCCAGCUAAAUCUGAUGGCCGUAUGCAACAAGGAGACAAGAUCCUUGAGGUAAAUGGACAAGAUAUCACUGUCAUGAGUCACUUCGAUGCUGUUUCUUUCCUACGGAUGACACCGAAAGAGGUCAACAUUAAAUUGUCUCGACCCAAAAAAUCAGAGGUGAGCUCUGAACCCAUUACCGGUCCUUUAUCUGACCCUGCAUCUCCACCGAGCAGCCUCGUCAGUAUCACAAGCAACCUUCCUGUUAUUGAGAUGGAACGCAAUGCGGCUGGACAUUUAGGACUAUCCUUAACGCUUGACCUGAAGGGUCGUAGGCCAGGUGUUUUCAUAAGUGAUGUCAUUCCAGGGUUACCUGCUGACCUUGAAGGUUCCAUCCAACCAGGGGAUCAAGUUCACUACAUCAAUGGGCAGAGUUUGUCUGGUCUGGGUUUAUUGCAGGCCAGAAGGGCUCUAGAAGCUGCUGCACCUGUUGUGAAGCUUCAACUUACAAGAAAGGGAGAACCAGUUGUAGAAAUUCCAAAGGUAACACCUCCUGUAUCUGACGUAGAUGAUGAGUCCGAGCAUAGUAAAUUAGAAGUCUCGCAGAAUACAAAUGUGGACAGUGCCCUUAAUUCAACAGGAGGCAAGAACAAGUCAGGAAAACUGGAGAAUAAUAAUCACUUGAAACCAAUCAGAACACAUAAUUUACGUAGUGAAUCAGACAUUGAUCUUGGUGAUAUUUCAUCUGAUUCCGAUUGGGAAGAUUUCUCAUCGGAUGGUGACCAAUUAAAAGAUGUAGAUAACCUCUUAGCUUCCAUAGAAGCCAAUCGAAAGGAAUUUCAGUCCAACAAGCCGGCAGAUGACGUCAGCAAGGCACAUCAAAAAGAAGAGAAAGAAGACGUUGAAGAAAAAGAGAAGGAAGAGGAAAAUACAAAGAAAUUGAUGAAAGAUAAUCCACUGUCCCCACUUCCUCUUAUAUUGCCAGCUGUCAAUACCAGCACACCAGCGGAGGGUGAAAAUACAUUAAAAAGAACACCCAUUGUAUCCCAGAAUUCAUUUGAUCAGCUGAAGGAUCCAAAGUCUCCAGGAACACUGUCAAAUAUAUCAGCUGCUAGUGAUGAUAGACUCCAGUCUCCAGCCUUUGAUUUCUCAGCCUCUGAAGACGAUAAACUUUCCCCAGCUGAUAAUGAACAUAAAUUUAGUUUCUCUGAAAAGGAUAUUGCAAACCGACCUUCAACCCCACUUAGUAAUGAUGAGAAUGCAUCAGGUGAUGUCUCACCAGCCCAACAUACACCUUGGUCACCAUCAGUGAAAUCACCUGUAUUGUCUGUAAAUGAGGCAUCCCGCUUAGCAAUUAGGUCUCCAUCUCCUACUGACACGGAUGUUAGUAAGCAGGAGGAAACUUCUCGUCAGGGUGGUGUCAUUCGAAUUGAGUUUGAAAAGCCAGCAAGUGGUGGUCUUGGGUUCAGCUUGAUAGGGGGAGAAAAAGGAGGUAAGACAAGUGUUUUUAUCAAGACUAUCACACCAGGUGGAGUAGCAGCAAAUGAUGGAAGGUUACGAAUUGGAGAUAAAUUACUACAGGUUAAUGGACAGAGCCUUGUAGGGAUGACACAUAAUAAAGCCAUAAGCCUGCUGAGACGGGCAAAAGGUACGGUAAAGCUAGCCAUCGUCAGGGCCUCAUCACGGCCAGUCAGCCGCAUGGAAGAGAAUGGCGCAUCCGAUGCUGAUGAACUGGAUGCGCAUCUUGAUAUCUUAAACGAUAAAUCCUAUGAGAAAAACCAUAGUCAACUUACUGAGCCAGAAAUGUCAGAGGUCACAGGAUCUGUCCUGGAGUCCCAGAGUAUGAUGUCCUCACAGGGUAAUGACCCUGUCGAAACAGGAACCCCUGUGUUAUCGGAUGUCGAGCACAGUGGUAGCAUCGAUUUUGAUUCGUGUUCCUCCUUACCCCUCACGGCCACAGCUUUGUCAGGGCCCCCUUCACUCACUAUGGACUCCACAUUUAACCCAUUCACACCACCCCCGGUGAAGUUCGCUGAUAAUGAGUAUUUUGAAGGUCAUAAUACUGACAGUGAUCUUGACUCAGUCCCAGAUUUACCUGUUGAAAGAGAAGCGAUUAACAAAGCAAGUAAACUCAUAUCAAAGGUUGUACAGGUACGUCAACUUUCUGACACAGAAAAUUCUGAAUCCUGGAACAGCGACACCGAAUUACCUCUAGAGAAUAACAACCACACCCCGAGAGAAACCCCUUCCAUUAAGAUCAUGGGUGUAAUCACUGAUACAGAGCUACAACGAAUGUCGUUAGUAAAACCAAGUAGUAGCAGUCGUUAUUCUGGCCGGUUGUUAAAGACGAUGCUUAGUAACCUUAAUAGAGCUAUUGAUAAAGAAGAUCCUGUGGAAGAAUACAAGCAAUUAAGACAACUGAAACCAAUUGAUAACUGCGAUGUUGCUAAGAAACCUGUCAACAAAGACAAAAAUCGUUAUAGAAAUGUGUUACCAUACGAUAAGACGCGGGUUACUCUGCAGAAUGGGGACGGUUCUGAUUACAUAAAUGCGAGUCACAUUCAAAUGAAAGUCGGCACAAAUGAAUUACAGUACAUUGCGUGCCAGGGGCCGCUGCCCAAUAGUCUUGUUGACUUCUGGCAAAUGAUCUGGGAACAGAAAGUGAGCGUUAUUGCGAUGGUCACUAUGGACAUUGAAAAUGGAAAGGUGAAGUGUCAUCGUUAUUGGCCCAGCUCAACAGACUCGCCUGUGGUGGUCACGGAUCGUUUUGAAAUUCGAUUGGACAGCUUGCAGACGCUUGAGAACUUCGAUAUUCGUAGGAUGACCAUCACAAACUUGAAGACCAGUGAGAUCCAACAUGUCUCUCAUUUAAACUUCACAACCUGGCCUGAUCAUGGGGUACCCACAACCUCCAUCCAUCUACUCCGCUACAUCAAGUAUAUGCGAAGAAUCCACCAAUCGGGACCAAUUGUCGUUCACUGCAGUGCAGGGAUUGGUCGCACAGGAACCCUUAUCACCAUAGAUACGAUGAUGAAUCUUGUUGACCAGAAUGAACAGUUCAAGAUUUAUGACAUUGUGAAGGAGCUGAGAAGGCAACGGCAUGGGAUGAUUCAAACUAAAGACCAGUAUAUAUUCUGUUACAAGGCUGCAUUGGAGACUCUGAAAUCAUUAACCUGAUGAAUGCAACUACGAAAAAUGACCAUCCCCAUUAUUUUGAUUGGAUUUGUAGUCUAAUUUACAUUCAGAUAUUCACAAUCUUGACUUUAAUGUUACUCUCAUCGUCAGCAUGCCUGGUGUUUCUACAACAAUAAUGAUGGAAAUAAUGACUAAAUUAUAAUUUGUUCAAUUCCUGUAAUGUAUGAUAAAUGCUAUAUUGCCAUCGCCAGUGCGAUCAUUCCUAAAAAUAGAAGCUUUACGGGAAUUUAUUCGCAUUCAAAAUUUCUGUUCUGAAUGCACAACUGUAUUUCUAAUAAGCAUACGAAGUGUGUGCAUCAAACAUUUGCUGUGUUGCUGGUCCAGUCGAUUCUCCAUUGUGCAGUUAUUAGGCUCUGUGAUUUGCCCAUAUAUGGGUGUGAUAUGACAUUGUCAUGCCCAUACAUGGGUUGACAUGAGCUAUGUCCAUAUAUGGAUGUGAUAUAACAUCAUCAUGCCUAUAUAUAUGGGAAAGUCAAAAAAUUUUUCUUAGCAUCUUGCUUAGCAUUCUUGAAUUUGUAUACAUAGUGUUAUCUCCCAAAUUAGUAUUAGUGUACUUUUCAAUGUGUUAUAAAAUCAUUUUUCCCUCAAAGAUAUCUUGCAUUUUAAAUAUGGAGUCUUGCUAAAUCUACCUUCCUACACUUUUUGUGGAACCUUCCAUUGCUUUUUUUAAUGAAGUAAAUAUAUAAAUAAUAAUUAAGUAUAAUUUUUCAAACAAAUAAAUAUCUAUGUAGUUUACUAUUCUUAAUCCAAAACCUCACCUUGUAUUUAAAUAAUCAAGCUGCAAUACUUGAAUGAUUAUAAAAUUUCACUUGAUAUGAUUUUGAUAAUUUUAAUAAUUUAAAAUCUUUCUGCUAAUUCUGCAUGUUGACUGGUUAUAAACAUGUACAUACAUAAAUAGGAUUGUUUUAUUCUAUUCUCAUAAUACCAGUAACAGAUAUAAAUUUAAUCCUUUUAAAAACAUCAAUAUUUUAAAGUUUAUGACGGGUUAACAAAAUAUAUAAUGCACAAGUUCACAUCCUCUAUGGUAUUGCACAUUAACUCACUAGCAGUGGUCGUCAGAACGUGAAAUCUCGCCCCGGGGGGUUCAGGGAAAAACCAGGAGGUAACCAUCUAAAAAUAAAUAAUAGUAAUGGUAGACUUAUAUAGCGCAUAUUGUUAAGCCCUUUUUGCAUUUCUAAUAUCAUUACCCCAGUCUUUAGAUUAAGUGCCUACGGAACACCAACUUAAGCUCCCUGUGGCGUAUUCUAUAAUGUUGCAGCAGCUACAUCAGCGCAUUUUGGCAUUUAACCCUAUCACGUACCCACUUAUACUCCUGGGUGGAGAGAAGCAAUGCAGAUAAAGUGCCUUGCUCAAGGACACAAGUGAAAUGCACAGCGAGGGAUUGAAACCCUGACCUCGAGGUUGGCAAACCAAACAGUUCCUGCUGUGCCAAACCACUUCCAAAAAAUACCAUGUGUUUGUUCAUAUUUCAUUACAGUUGAUGGGAAUAAUUUUCAUUAUGGUGGAGCCCUUUAUGCCUUGGCAAGGCUUGGCGGUCAGUGUGUAAAAACAAUGCAAAAAAUAGAAUGAAGGAGAAAAGAACACAAUGAUACAUUACAAUCCAUGAUCGCUAAUGGUCAGUUCAGACUUCUAGGAAAUGGGUCUGUAAGGAUUUGAACCCAAGCCUCUGGAAUUACAAAGCUAGCAUUAUUGUAUCAGCCGGAGAAUGUGUUCCAUAUGAAUAAGUGCAUAGAGGUCUCCACAAUAUGCGCUCUAUAAGUCAACCCUUAUUAUUAUUAUUAUUAUUACUAUUAUUAUUAUUAUUAUUGCUGAAAUGUUAUUACCUAAGAAGUUGUCAAAACAUUGUGGUAAGUUUUGUAUAUUUUGAUACUUUGGAGAUAUUUUUGUUUGCACUAUUUUUCCCCUAUCCAUUUCACACUCGUUAUCAAAAGCUAUAUAAUACAGGGUCGCCAGCUUUAGGUUUUACUUGAGUGGGUUAAGUCCAUAACGAUGUGUUAGGAAUACUGAAAUAUAUCUGAAUUACCCACAUGGCCUUCACAAGUGUGUUUAGAUGCGGUAUCUUCAAAACAAACAACCAUUUUCGUUAGCCUUUGAUUUUUAUAUGUUAGAGCACUGGGUUAAAAUGGCAAGUUUAAUACUGAAAAUACUAUAUAACAAUGCCCCAUUAAGUCAUUCUAAUGUUGUUAAACCAUUAGACAUAAAUCACUGCUAAAAUGUAAAAGCCACCUCUGUUGUGCUGGCCCCUCAUUAGUUAGAAUUUGAUAAAAGUGCAUUUCAGAUGCAACUUAGCCUGGGGAGUGUAUUUAAUGAUCAUACUCCCACUGCUGGUUUAAAAUGUUUCCCCAGCUAACAAACUUGACUAAAUUGCAUCUAAUACCAGUCAUUAUUUUUUUUUUUGACUAAUGUUUUCUAAUCAUUAUUCACACUAUUAUCACGCAAUAUAAUAUUUACAUAUAUAUGUAGAAAUUGGAGAAACCUCAUCUGGAUUAUAUCGCCAUUUACAUUAUCGUUUUUUGUGCAUCAUUUUUGUCCUUGGUGAGCAAUAAUCGGAAAAGGAUAGGAACAAUAUUUCUAUCCAUUACUGAUGAUGGAGUUGUUCCUCCAUACCAAGUUUAAUAUAAUUAUUUAAAAAUAUUCUCAAAAUAAUAUUUGUUAAACAUUUCUUAAAUAUAACAAAGUGUAUAUUUUACUUACUGUAACUUUAAUUUGCCUUUUAAAUUUAGUGUUAGAGAUUUCCCUUACUAAUCAUCACAAAAAUGUGGUGUAAAAAAAUGUUAUGGUGCCGUCCGUAUGCCUGUCUUCCGGGAAUGAACACAGUAAACCAUUUUUUUUUAUGUUUUGGCUAUGUUUAUAUCUGAUAAUUAUUUUAUCUAAACCAACUUGCCAUUGUGUAUAUUUUAACUGAAUUGCAUUGAUUUUCAUACUUUAUGUUAAAUGAUUUAGAUAAUAUUGAUGUUUUUUCUUAUGAUACAGGCUUAAAUAACUAGUAAAAAUGGUAGACGUUUUAAACAUUUUUAAUUGGUUUUCUGCUUGUAUCGCUACAUUGGGUAUACUGUAUAUUUUUAAGAUGUUAAAUAUUUCAGAUGUAGUUCUACAUGCCUUCAUCAUUAUUGCUAAAAAGAGAAUAAUGAAUCAUUCGUAUAUAUUAGUAUAUAUAAUAAAUAAAUAAAAUUAUGUAAGGUUUUAAUCACAUAACAAUCAUUGGUAAUUUAAAUACUCUAUAUUAAAAUGAGUCAAUCAUGUGAUAAGUUUGUAGAUAAUAUAAAAACCCUGUAAAUUUGAUCUCAUAUAGAUUCUGUGAUAAUGUACAUAGGUUUACAAGUUUUAACAUGUACUAUAUUGGCUGAUGUACUUGGCAAAGAAUAAAAAUAUCCCUUUAAGCUUUAAA